AUGUUGGGUUUCAAACGACAACUGACCUCCUUCUUCGCAAGUUUCAUGAACCCUUUGGAUAUGAAGACUGUCGGCGACAAAUCGUUCACGAUGGCUUGUGGAGAGCUCGAUGUCGGCAGUUGGCACGUGCUACGCUACCCCAAGUACGCGACGUGCUCCAUCCUCAACGCGUCGGUCGCCCCUCCCAAAACAUAUCAAUCGCAAUUGUCGCGCCACGUCCCGCGCUGUCAACCCCACAACCAAGGCAGCAUCUUAUUGAGCACGUACAUCAUGAGUGCGGCGGUCUCGGCCUCCGAGGUCAGCGAAGUCGCGUCUUCUGCGAAUCGUCGUCGCAGUGGCAGAGUCACCCGGAAACCAGAGAAGCUUGCGGCCGCCUCGAGUCCGACCAGCAGCACCAAGCGCAAGCGCCGCGACAAUGACGACAGUGGUGUUGACGCCGACGAGGCCUCAUCUGAAGAGCAGAGUGAAAGCAGCGAAGGCGAGCCAGAUGAGGAAGAGUUGAGAGAGCGCCAGCGCAAGAGGAAGGGCAAAUCCGCCACAAAGCGACCCGCGCCGAAGAAGCCCAAGACAAAUGGCGCCCCAAUAAGUCUGGCGAUGCGGCCUGCCGCUGGCGCGUCCAGGAAGUUCACCAAGCGACCGCGCAAAGCCGCCAUUCGCAAAAGCGCAGUUUCGGACGAGGAGCCUGAAGGCCUAUAUGCCGAUGUUUUUGCUAGCGGCGACCGACUCGAGGACGUUGCGGCUCGCUGGGUCGCGCGGUUCAACGAGCACGAAGCAAGAGCCGUGGCCGAGAUACACGAAUUGACAGAGUAUCCUCUCAUCGCGAAGGCCAAAGAUGGCGGUGGUCAAGCCUUCCGAAACGCGUUGCACGGUUUCUUCGACACCCUGGUCCGGACUGUUGCGCAGUCAGGGCUCCUUUACGAGAACCAGGAGCUUCUGGAGAACAUAUCGGUCUGGCUUGGCGCCAUGUCCUCUACAAGUAAUCGGCCAUUCCGCCACACUAGCACUGUCGCAUCUCUCGCCAUCACUACGGCUCUGGCAGCAGUCGCAGGCGAUCUAGUGGAGAGCGCAGCGAAACGACAACGCCAAAGCGAGGCGGAAUCCAAGAAGUCGCGAGUCAACAAAGCACGUGUGUCUGCAGUUGAUAAAGAGGUCGACGAAUAUACACAGAAGCUCCAGAUCGUGGACAGUGCUCUGGGAGACUGGUUCAGCGUGGUCUAUGUUCACCGUUACCGAGACGUAGAUCCGAAAAUACGAGUCGACUGCGUUGGCGCACUAGCCAACUGGAUUAUCACGUAUCCCGAUCGAUUCUUCGAUGGCACUCAUUUGCGCUAUUUGGGCUGGGUUUUGUCUGAUUCGAACCCUCCUACCCGCAUUGAAGUACUUCAGCAACUCGCGCGACUCUUCCGGGACCAAGACAAAUUGGCAGGGCUGAAAACCUUUACUGAGCGGUUCCGACCCCGUAUUGUAGAAAUCGCAACACGCGAUGCUGAGAACAACGUUCGUGCAACAGCAGUCGAGCUUCUUGACACGUUACGCGAAGCUGGCUUCUUGGAACCAGAUGAUAUCGACUCAGUUGGCAAGUUGAUCUUCGACAACGAUGCAAAAGUACGGAAGUCCGUGGUUGGUUUCUUUGCAGAGAACGUCAACUCAGCAUACGAGGCUAUAGUGGAGGAUAUGGGGGGCGAGGAUGCUUUGAAUGAAGCAUUAGCACCCUCAGAUGAAGACAACGAAGAGUACCACAAUCCGCGACUGGAGUGGCUCAAGCUGAAAUGCUUGGUCGAACAGCUAUUAGCAUAUGAUGAAGACGGCGCAGAACUACCAUCUCAAAUGGUCCAAAUCGUGCCCUCGGGAGCGGAGAUGGGCCUCAUAGCAGCUGGCAUAGAGUCCCGCUUCUCUUUGGCAGCAAAGGCAUUGUAUGACGCUAUGCCCGAAAUCCAGUCAUGGGAAGUCCUGGCUGGGUACCUUUUGUACGAUCACUCACAGCCUACAUCUAACGGCGCUGGUGACGACGCCGAGGCCUUACUACGACAAAACUCCAAGCUGGACGAAAAGCACGAAACUGUUCUUCUUGACAUCCUGAACGCGGUUGUCCAGUCACGAUUACAGCGCCUAGCAGAGACUCAGAAAGACAAGAAGAAGACAAAGGCCCAACGCGCAGGUGAUAAGGAGGACCAAGCAGAUAUGGCACGCCGUCUAUCUCUUCUGAUCCCCCAGCUACUCAAGAAAUUCAGUGCCACACCCGAGGCAGCAGCCUUGUGCCUUCGAUUAGAGCGUGAGCUUAAUCUUGAUGUGUUCCAGGAAUUGCGACAGAACGCUGCUCUUGCUGCUCUCCUCGAUGACAUCAGCAAGCAGUUCCUGACGCACCACAAUGAGCGAGUUCUCAGCGAAGCGAUCGGAUCAAUACGACAUGCUCAAGGCAACGAUGAGCUGAAGGAUAUUGUGGCUUUGAAGGUUCAGGCUCUUUGGGACGACCUAAUACAUACAUUCGAUGCUCUUCGAAGCCGUAAAGAUCUGGCAAAGAGAGGCAACCUGGACCAGAACAUCUUAGUCGGAGUCUCGAAUGUUAUAUCGAAGAUGGCAUCGCUCUCCAAGGUCUCCAAUGCCUCAGUCCUAGACGACAUCACCGCGCCCGCGAAGUCGAAAGGGAAAGGCAAGAAAGCUGCACUUGACACACCUCCUAUUACCUCAGUACUGGACAUUCUGGAGCGUGGAAUAAUGACUGAAGAUCUCGAGGCAGAGGCUGAGGUGGCGGAGGACAUGCUUGUGCGUCAUGCCAUGUCUGUCAUGCUUGGUUACUUUGCAUGGAAGUGCCUUGACUUUGCUGGUCACGUUGAGGGCGGAACCAGUCUUCCUGAUGACGAGCUCACAUUGGUGAUUGAGCGCAGGGACGCAUGUGUGAUGACGCUAAUGCGGAUUAUGGAGAGUCGCAAGGGCGCAGACAAUGUGCGACUGGACGCUGCGAACCUCCUGCUCGACGUUUACUUCAUGUUUCACGCUCUCAAAGCAAAGAAGGGCCAGCUCGCCAAAACACCCAAGAAGCCACAGGCCCGCAGCCAUAGCGAUACUAGUGACGACUGGGAGGCUCUUUGUCAAGACAUUGACGGUAACACGACAAAGCUUAUCUUGCAGAUCCUGACUGCAUCGGAGAACAGCCUGGCCAAGCUGAGCAGCAAGAAGCUUGAAGAGCCUGACGUCGACGACGAUCCUAUUGAUCCGGACGACGAGCCUGAAAGCGACGAGGAGGAUGCUGAAGACGAGAGUGCGCAGCAAGACAAACAACGACGCACGGUUCUAGCGGAGCAAGCAUUAUGCACUAUAGGCGGCAACCUUGUCAAAGCUGUCCUAAUUGGUAUGCUGGGGUCCGAUGGAAAUGACGUCGUUCGCGUACGUCUUCAACGCAACAAGUUGAAGCUCACACCGCAGUGGAAGGAGUGUGUCAACCAGCUCGACGCCAUCAAGCUUUCACGAAAGGGUGCGAAGACAGGAGCCAAGCCUGUGAAAGAGACGGCCAAGUCUAGCAAGAGCAAAGAGAUUGUCGUUGAGGACGACAGCGACGAGGAAGAGCUUGAAGUGCAAGGUGACGAGAUUGAGGAUGAAGAAAUGGCAGAUGGGGACGAGGAGCAAGCGAAUGGUGUAGAAGAGGCUGUUGAGAAUGGAGACGUGGAAGACCCAGAAGAGGAGAGCGUUCUGGGCGACUGA